UGCAGCGUGUCGAGUGUCGACGAUUAGCCGGAUUGAAUGCGGCUGAAUAAAAAUCCGCCGGAAUGUAUUCGGCGCUAUACGUCAUUCAAUACAGCUAGCCGUAAUGUAACAAAGCGAGAUACUAGUCGCCUUUUUGUCAGUUUUAGUUCCUUUUCUUAACACUCGUAGUGCUGCCCGUGUCAUAACAAAAACAAUGGCGUUGGAUAUGAAAUGUGUGGUGCGAAAUUGCGGUGCAUUAAACAAAGGAAACAGUGAAUUUAAUAACAAUUUACAGUUGCAAUUAAAUAAUUUUAUUCUUCUCAAUGUGUAACAGUAAAAAAACCAUGGACCGAGUUUUAGAGUUUGUGAAAGGUUAAUUAUGUUAUGUGUUGUAAAAUUUUUGAAGUAGUUUACUUAAGUACCUUAAAACUAUAAGCUGUGUAAAAUGCCGCAUACUGUGUUUUUGGUGUUGGUUACGUUGUUUAGAUUGGCUUCGUCUAGUUUUUCCGACGUUGGGAAAUGGGAUUUGCCGCUUAAUGGGGAAAGCUGUAACUUCACACUGGCUAAAUCACUUUUUAAAGACUCAAAGUUGAUUGUGGCAAUGCAUUGUGAUGUCACAGUGCCUACAAAUAUAACGGUGGCAUAUUCAUGGAGGCAAACUCCAUGUUCACCAGAUUACUUUCAUUACUUUGAAAAGAGAAUCGUGGAUUGUUCAAAUGUGGUUGAAAGACCAUUUUAUGAAAGCAACUAUAGCACUGCUCAAGUUAUUAAUGUAGUGGAAACGCACACAUGUAAUAGUAAAAAUAUAAUAUAUUUUUAUAGUAAUAAGAGUCCAAGUGGAGGUGAUGCCAAGAGUUAUGAAGCAGUUAUUCAAGCUAAAGCUCCUCUCCUCACAGUGGAGAGGGAAGGUGUUUAUAUGUUGACAAUGGGAGUUCGGAGUAAUGUGAAAUUUCAAGUGUCUUUAAACAUAGAAAUGGUUUCACCUUCGGGAUAUUUAUCAGCUGCUAUAUGGCCACUGUUACCUUUCUUUGGAGUGAUGUGUGGAGUGUACACAGCGCUGUGUAUGUGUUGGCUGAUCGUAUGUGCACUGCAAUGGCGGGACCUGCUUAGAAUACAAUACUGGAUCGGCGGGGUAGCUCUGCUCGGAAUGAUCGAGAGCGCAACUUAUUAUGGAGUUUAUUCUUCUAUCAAUAGGACAGGGUUGUUCAAUUCUGAAGCAUACAUGUUUGCGGAGUGGGUUUCAGUCGCAAAGCGAGCUCUCGCACGAAUGCUAGUCAUUAUUGUAUCACUGGGCUUUGGAAUAGUUAAGCCUCGUCUGGGCCCCGCACUGCAGCGGGUGGUCGGCGCGGGCGGCGCAUGGGGCGCGCUGGCCGCUCUCGAGGCGUGGCUGCGACUACACCACAAGGCUGAAGACUCCAACAGGGAUCUGCUACUGACCCAAGCACCGCUGUCGCUGCUUGACAGCGCCAUCUGUUGGUGGCUGUUUGUGUCACUCGCGCACACUAUGAGGACACUACAGUUGCGAAGAAACACAAUCAAGCUGUCCCUGUACCGUCACUUCACGAACACGCUGAUAUUCGCCGUCAUAGCGUCCGUUAUAUUCAUGCUCUACUCGCUCAAGUCCUACAGAAUAUUGUUCUGUAUCACUGAGUGGAAGGAAGUAUGGAUGGACGAAGCGUACUGGCACAUUCUGUUCGCCGGUGUUCUGACUGUGAUCAUGGUGCUGUGGCGGCCAACCAACAACAACCAGAGAUACGCGUUUACGCCGCUACUCGACAACGCCGAAGACGACGACGACGAGGAAGAAGAGCAAUUCGUGAACGACGCGUACGGCGUUAAGAUGCGUGGUACUAGUAUAAGCGAAAACGAUUCGUCACGCGACAGAGAACCGGAACCGAAUACCACGUCUCUGGACUCCGACCUCCGAUGGGUGGAGGAAAAUAUCCCGACGAGCACACUGCCUCUACUAGACUCGGACGAAGAAAUUAUAAACACAAAGUUCGAAGUAUCCAAAAUGCAAUAAUCAGUAUUAGACACUGAUCUGAAUAAUUACAGUUAAGUCCGGUUGGGGUAUGAAGAGAAAUAAGUUGUUUGCUUGUCUCUUUCACUCGCACAUGCAAAUAUUCGUGCGUGCAAAAGAUCUCGUUUUAAUUAUCAUGGUGUGAGCUAGACUCCAAUAUUUGUGUGUGAGAAAGAGACAAGCAGCUCGGACAAUGGCCGAAUUUCGGUCUAUCCGGCGACCGGACUAUUCUAUCUUUUUUAUUGGGGACCUGAAAUAAGGGGAGGAGUUAAAAGUUCGGCCCGUAAGUGCGACGCAGAUGUGAACGCAGACCGUGCGUUGCGGACUACGUCCGUAUGUAUAAUGGGCCUCGAACAACAGGGAUGUUACUUAGUGAUGAAUAAAAUAUUUUUGCAAAUUACAUUCUAAUAUUGCUGUAUAAAGUCAAACAAAGGUGAGAAACAGAUUUACGUUAUCGUGAUUGAGAGAUGGGCAAUAUUUUUACGAAAAUAUAAAAUAUUGCCAACCUUUAUCUCGAAUGCAGGUGGUUAGUGCAGGUAAUUCAUGAUUAGGAGAAAUGAAAGGACUUGCAAUAAUCAGUCACUGUCCACACACGCUUUCUGCACUAAUCACUAAUCAAAGUGAAUACAGGCCUUAAAUGUUGUUUAUUUAGUGAACACGUCUUGUACUUCCGUGGCGGCGCGGCGUCUGCGUCGCAGUUUAACGGGCCUUAAUUUUUGACGUAAAUCUUUUGAGUAGAUUAUAUUUUCUAAAGAAACACAAGAAAGGAUGCUGUAAAAUUUAAUAAAAACAUGCAGUAAAAUUGUUACAUUAGCUGUUUCUGCCCCUCCAGCAAGUUAUGGAAGACUAGCUCAAACUUUUAUUAGCCUUACCGUACCUCUUUCAUUACCUAUUUAUAUUUUAUAGCUGCUUUAUGUUGUAAACGCAUGAUAGUAUAAUAAUUGCUUGUAACGGUAGUCGUGAUGUAAAUAUUUGAUUUCCAUUUGUCGAUCAUGACUUUUAUUUUGUAAAUGUCGAUGCUUUUGCUUUACUUAGAAAGUAAGUUUAGAGCUUUUUCUCUAUGGUAAAGUCAUCCCACACAAAUUACAACGCGAAGCAAAUAUACAUAUUAUUUAUUUUGAGA